AUGACCUCCCCAACCAUUUCUUCACAUUCUUCCCUUGCGGCUUCGUACCAGUUUGUUUCCGAUCACAACAUUCCAUCACUCCUUUUUCAAAUGAAAACUCUUCCGCACAACCACAAAUACUAUUCAAAUAUUAAUUUAUUGCAAUCACCAUUAUCAUUCAAUCACCAAAGUCCUAAUCAAACAAUACCUCCUCCUCAUCAUGACGAGGAUCAUGACCAUUUAGAAGCAUCAUCUCAUCAUGAUCCACACUCCUCCUCUCCACUGCCUUCUCAUUCUUACUCAUCGUCCUACUCCUCAUUUGAUUUCUAUCCAAAUCAAGUCAAUCCCUUAGAGCUACUAAAAACACAUCCUUCACUCAUUUACAGAUUGCAUUUAGCUAAAGUGAUUGAUGAUCCACAUUUGGGACAUUCCGGUUGUGUCAAUUCCGUGGCAUGGAUACCUCCAGAGGAUUAUUUUCAUUCGGCAUCAUUGGGAGCCUCUCAUUAUUUGGGUAAUGAGGAUACUGGAAAUCUUGAUUCUCUUCUCAUCUCUGGCAGUGAUGAUUGUUGUAUCAAAAUUUGGAAUUCUCAUUCUUCAGAAUGCAAAUGGAAUAUUUCAACUCCGCAUACAGGAAACAUUUUCUGUGUGAAAUUCUUUCCUCAUUGUAAUUUAGAUCGAAUCAUAUCUAGUGCUGCAGACUCAAAGAUUUGUAUCUAUGAACAAGGUAAACAUAUAAGAACCAUCAAGGAGCAUACAGGAAUGGUUCAUAGAGUUUGUAUUGAGAAUUCUUCACCAAACGUGUUCAUCAGCAUUUCUCAAGAUGGUUAUGUCAAAUUAUUUGAUUUGAGACAACCAAAUCAUGAGCAUGUCAAUUUGUUGCAUUUACAAAGUGGUGGCACUGGAGGUGGUAGUCGUCUUGUAAGAUUCAGUGGCUCCUCGGCAACAUCCAUCGAUAUUAAUAGUAUUGACAUGAAUCCACGAAAUUGCAACGAAAUUAUUUUGGGUUGUGACGAUCCGUUUGUAAGAUUAUUCGAUCGUAGAAAAAUCGUGAGCUCCUCCUCUUCGAAUAGCAGAAGAGAUCAAGUGAUUGAUGCAUCAACAGUUCAAAAGUAUUGUCCUUCUGGAUUAUUACCGAGCGAUGAGUCCACUCGUCGACCACAUCCCAUACCUCUCCACGUCACUGGUGUUCGAUUCAAUAAGUAUGGCGAUGAAAUUGUUGCGACCUACAGCGGUGAUCAUAUCUAUUUAUUUGAUAAGAGUGUCACUAGCAGUACCAUUGCUGCUGAUGCCAAAAUGUCCUAUAUAGGUCACUGCAAUGUUAGAACUGUCAAAGAAGUGAAUUUCUUUGGUGAAUGUUCAGAAUAUAUCCUGUCAGGCAGUGAUUGUGGAAAUGUGUUUGUGUGGGACAAAAAAACAGGAUGUAUCAUUAAUGUCAUUAAGGGAGAUGAUCAUGUUGUGAAUUGUUUGGCUCCUCAUCCAAUCUAUCCAGGAGUAUUGGCAACGAGUGGUAUCGAACACAACAUCAAGCUAUUCGAGUUGGGAGUAUUGGACUAUUUUGAUGAUAAUCCUGAAACCAGUUGCUAUGAGAAGAAUAUGGCCUACCGAGAUGCCAAUAAGGUUUCUCUGGAAAGUCCCACCAUGGCAGACGAUGAAGAACAUCACCAUGCCAUGAGCACUAGUAGUAGUUCUUCUUCCACUCGUCAAGAAGAACGUUCCAAGCAUGAUCGUGUCUCACGUCUCAUCAGUGAAAAUGAAAGAAAAACAAGAGAAGGACACUCGAGUUUGAUUUUACCUGCAAGUAUGGUAUUUAAUUUGAUGCAAUUAUUGGCGUCACAAUCGGAUGAAGAUGAGGAGGAAAACAAUGCCACAGGAGGUACCUCGACCACAAACAACACUCAACAACAACAGCAGAGGAGAAGAAGACGAGCGCAAGAAAUUUUCCAAUUACUAGAAGAGUUGGGAGGUCGUGCUUCGAGUGAGGAUGAAGAAGAAGAAGAGAAUCAAGAAGAAGAGGAACCUCAUGUGACUACCCGUAGUUGUAGAACCAUGUAA